UCAAUCUCGCUCCCAUACUCAGCUGGGAAGUGCACGUCGUGGUAUGCCUUUCUGUUAACCUCGCCUGAGGCUUUGAUGAGUGGCGGUGAUACGUUGCGGAGUAACCAUUGAUGGCGUAGUAGACGAUGGUGGGUUGUUUUUUUGGCCAUGAUGAAAAUUAGAUAUGCCGAAAAGUACGAGAGACCAUCGUAGUACGCGCAGAGCCUCGUCCGAGCAGACUAGACCUCGUUUUUUCACCACCAUUAUUAUCGGACAUCUGGGCUUCUUCCAUACCAAGUACCUGAAUGGGACAUGGGGAUCUCAGGAAAUGAUGAUGAAGGAGAUGUGCCACUUGAAAAUUAGUCAUGAUAUCUGGGUAACUACUGACUAUGAUUCGCUCAUAUCAGACCCGCAGGCGAUCCGCUACGUCGCCAAAUUCAUGCUGCAAACAGGCUUGCUCGGGCAGUUCAGCCGGGUUGAACUCGAUCCGGACCCUGACCUCGACCCAAGCCAGGAACACGUAGGCCUCAGGGCCAUGGGGAUAGGCGCUGAAGACGCUGGGUAA